AUGCAGUUCAAGACUCUCCACGUCCUCGUGCUGGCCGUCGCCGCUCAAUCGGCCAGCGCAACCAUCCCCAAGCGCCAGAUUUUGCCUAUCGGCAAUCCCGUCGGCGAUGUCGUCGGUACAGCCACCUCGGCCCUCAGCUCUGCCACUUCUGCUGCCACUUCCGUUCUUCCCAAACCCCCCGCCUUCAAGCGGCGUCAAGUUCUACCUACCGGAAACCCCGUUGGCGAUCUCACCAGCGCCGCGACGUCGGCUCUCAGCUCGGCCACUUCCGCCGUCACGGCUCUUCCGAAGCCUCCUGCCUCCAAGCGCCAGGUCCUGCCGACCGGCAACCCUGUCGGUGACCUGACCAGUGCUGCAACAUCAGCUCUCAGCUCUGCCACCUCUGCUGCCACUUCCGUCCUUCCGAAGCCUCCUGCCACCAAGCGCCAAGUCCUGCCCACCGGCAGCCCCGUCGGCGACGCGGUCAAGACGGCGACGUCCGCCCUGACUUCCGCCGCCACCACGUCCGCUGCCACCAGCCAGAGGGCUCCCGCCGCCCCGAGCGCCCCCGGCCCGUCCAAGUUCAAGGUUGUUCAUCGGCGCCGCACGGCCGCCGCCGCGAACGUUUAA